AUGCUCCAGCUCCAAUCGCUCCGAUCGCUCCGAUUGCUCCAACGUUAUACACAGCACCGCUACACACGUGCGCCAUUGUCAUCUUCUCGUUCUCUUUCUACUUCUCCAAACGGUGCUAAUGGUGACGCUGAGUUUGCUCUGGGCGUCAAGCACUUGUUGGGCAAAGCAAAUGGUGAAAGGGGCAGCACCUCGUCCGUGCAUGGUGCAGUGUUGCACUGGACAAACGCGGCAGAGAUGGGUCACGUACGGGCACAAGGUGCACUAGGCAGUCUGUAUCUUACGGAUAACAAUGGUACCUUGCGUAAUGUGAGACUAGCCAUGCAAUUUUUACAGCAGGCAGCAGACGCUGGCCACGACGGCAGCUGUCACGAGAUUGGCAAACUUUAUUUCCAAGGCAGCAACGAAGUUCCACGUGAUUUGGAGCGUGCGGUCCAUUACUGGACGAAAGCAGCAGAGAAUGGCCACAUGGCGGCCAGCUAUGACCUUGGUGUCAUGUAUGCUCAGGGGUUGCAUGUAAAUCAGGACAAUGAGAAAGCUGUGCAGCUUUAUCGCCAAGCAGCCAAGCAGAAUAUGCCCGAGGCAAGUCGUGCACUGGGCAACGCUUGUCUCCAUGGACGCGGCGUAGAAAAAAGUACCGAGCAAGCGGUUAAACAUUUUCAACGUGCCGCAGAAGCUGGCAAUGCGCUGGCUCAAUUCGAUCUAGGAGCUUGUUACAUGUUGGGACGCGGCAUUGAGCAGGACCAUGCCAAGGCGGCGCAAUUCUUCUUCUUAGCUGCAGAAAGUGGUGUUGUGGAAGCGCAAUUAUGUCUGGCGCAAUUGUUUGAACAUGGUCAAGGAAUUCCAGCUAACCGCAACAAGGCGGUCGAGUACUACCAAUUGGCGGCACAAAGGGGACUACAGGAAGCCAUUCGAGCGCUCAAUCGUCUAGGAAUACCUCAUUGA